AUGGCGCUCAUCGCGUUGGGUCUCCUCAGCAUCCUGGGGACGGUAAAUGCAGGUCUGGCACCGAGCUAUCCUGUGAACGCACAGCUGCCUCCGGUAGCCCGAGUCUCAGAACCAUUUGAAUUUGUUUUCUCUCAGGGCACGUUUGCUGGCAGCGGGCCGAACACGCAAUACACGCUUUCCAAUGCCCCGUCAUGGCUCGAGCUAGAUGGCAAGCACCGUACGAUAUCUGGAACGCCUCAGAAAGGGGACAUUGGAUCGCCGAAGUUCGACCUGGUGGCGUCCGAUGAGACGGGAUCUGUUAAUAUGGAGGUCAAUCUAAUUGUCACGACCGACGACGGUCCUAAGCUCGGGAAGCCACUGCUGCCACAACUCGAAGCUAUCGGUGCGACGUCGGCUCCAGACACGCUUAUCAUACACUCUGGCGACUCGUUCUCCUUAUCAUUCGAUCAUGACACGUUCACCAACACGCGCCCCUCGACCGUCUAUUAUGGCACUUCUCCUGAUAACGCUCCGUUGCCAUCGUGGGUCUCAUUCGACCAGGCCGCUUUGCGAUUCUCCGGAUCUACCCCAGACAUCGGACCUCAGACCUUCAGCUUCAAUCUGAUCGCUUCAGACGUAUCCGGAUUCAGCGCCGCUACCGUGACAUUUGCGAUGACCGUUAGCCCACAUAUCUUGUCUUUCAACCGAAGUGCACAGACCCUCUUUGUCACCAAAGGCAAACACUUUGAGAGUCCUAAAUUUGUCGAUGAUCUGACUCUGGAUGGCCACGGAGCGACAGGAACUGACUUGACAAGCAUCCGUGACGACUCUCCGGAAUGGCUGUCAUUGGAUAAGGAUUCGAUCUCCCUGAGCGGAACCCCUCCAGCAGACGCAGCAGACCAGAAUGUCACCAUCACCGUGACUGAUAAGUUCCAAGACGUGGCGACACUACUCGUCAGCCUGCAAUUCUCUCAGUUCUUUCGCGAUGGAAUUGAAGAAUGCGACGCUGUCAUCGGGCAGUUCUUCAUGUUCACCUUCAACAGCUCGAUUCUGACCAACGAUUCGGUUCAACUGGAUGUUGAGAUGGGUGAUCAGCUUCCCUGGCUUCAUUAUAACCGCGACAACAAGACAUUAUACGGGCAGGUACCUUCCGAUAUCAGCCCCGGGGUUUUCAACGUCAAUCUGACAGCACGCGAGGAGACUGCGGAGGAUAGCCGGCAGUUCACCAUCAACGCAGUGUCGAAGAAAAAGUCCGACGAGGACGCCGCUGCUACCGUCAAUGCAGACCAGAGCCACAGUAGCGGUGGCAUUAGCGGCAGGAAGGCCGGUAUCAUCGCUAUCUCGGUCAUUGUUCCGCUGAUCAUUCUGAGCUCCCUAGUACUUUUGUUCUUCUGUUGGCGUCACAAGCGCAAAGGCGCGACUCCAGGGCCGGAGGAAGGCCAUGCAGGCCAGAAGGCGAUGUCUCCAGGCCCCGAUCCCGAUUCGGACAUGUACCCACACUGCCAACCUUUUGAACAGACUACCCCAGGCAAGCCUCCAAGGAUGGUGAGAAGUCCGUCGCCAUCGUCGGAACCCCCGAAGCUCGAGAUCUUCUGGCACACGAAGCCCCUGGCCGAAACGGACGCGACUAUCUAUACGGAUGACAAGGAGAACGCCUACCCCCACUCAACACUGGACUGGGACUUCGGACCACUGGCAAAGACAGAACCGGAAGAGCCGAAACCGGUCGCCGAUGCACCGCCACAGCCAAAAAGGUUGUCGUUCCAGAGCAGUCCCCCUGUGCGCAGGCGCACCACGACUACUUCCAAGAAGCGAGAACCACUGCGACCGAUCCAGCCCAGAAAAUCACUUAAGCGUAACUCGACAGUAUCGCGUUCAAAAAGGUAUUCGAAGCGCUCCAGCGGCAUCUCCACAGUUGCUUCAGGGCUACCUGUCAGACUCAGUGGUGCUGGCCAUGGGGCCGGUGGCUUCGGGCCUCCGGGACAUGGAGUCGUCCGUGUCUCCUGGCAGAACACCCAAGCCUCAUUCCAGAGCGACGAGAGCGACGUUGGCAACCUAGCGCCAUUGUUCCCUCGCCCGCCCCUCCGAGCCCACGAAAGCACGGAAUAUCCCAAGCGGGUGAGCCUCCGCGCAGUCGAGCCAGACACUCUGACCAUUUCCGAUACGGACUCGCUGGAGGCCUUCGUUCAAAGUCGCGCGAAGAGCCGAAACUCCUCCAAUCCUUUGUUUGCGGGCCAGUUCGGUCGGCGUGGCUCAUCCGGCGGCCGCGCUCUCCAUCGGGCGCGCAGUACAGUCAGUCGCGCGGACACGAUCGCCAGUUCCCAGUAUGUCGAUGACUACCGGCAGUCUGACCGCCCCUGGUCGACUGCGAUGUCCGCCUCCAUCUAUACCGACGACCACCGCCAGUCGGCGUACCUCCAUUCGCUGUCGGAAGAAUCCUCGGAUUUGCCGUUGUCGGGACCCAUGGAUAAGCAACCCAGUCAAUCGAGUCUCGCCCAGAACUAUUCCGAGGCGAUUGCUCCGCUACCCCGCUUUUACAGCGAGUUAAGCUUAACCAGUGCUCAACGCGGCGACGCCGGCAACAAUGCGUACCCCGGACCGACUGAUCCACAGAACAAUGAGCGUCGACCCCAUAGAAAUGAGCCCUUCUUUAUCUUCCAUGCCAUACGAGAUUCGAUCGCGUCGGGUGAGCUUGAUCCGAUCGGCGGACCGGGACUGGAAUGAGCAGAGGGAAAUCCAAAGGGAGCGGACGGGGAGUGUAAGAAGUGACAUCGCUUUUGUAUGACUGAGGUGAAUCUAUACAUACCCAAUUGUUUUUCAUGUCGUCUUUUGCAUUUUGUUUGUGGGUUUUGUUUUAGACAAGUCUUCGGCGAGCAUGAUAUCCACCGUCCAUAUUUUGUACCAUGUUCAUUCUGAUGCCCUCCUUUGUGCCUGUUUACCCUAAUCAAAAU